AUGAGGGAAUUUCAGAGUUAUGGGGAGAUUACUUUCAGUAAAGAAAACAUAUGUUGGAGAAAGGAUAGCAUGACAAGAACUAUUGAUUUGAAAAUUGGGAACAUAGAGAAAGCAACAUUCAUGGAAUAUCCAGGAGGAGACUACUGCUUGGAAAUCCAUAGCACUGAUGGUUACAGAUACAAAUUUGGGGGUUUUGAGGACGAGCAUGUUGUGUGGUUGAACGCUUAUUUCGAAAGCCACCAGAUAUCAUUUACACGAUCGCAAGUCUAUGUUGGUGGUAUGAAUUGGGGAGAGCUAGAUCUCACGGACCACCAUCUUUCAUUAGUCCAUGGACAAAAGCAAUCGCUCAUGCAACUUUCUUUGGAUGAUGUUUCUCGCAUAGAGAGAACCUAUGAGCAAGUGAAGUUAAAGUUUCACAAAGAUGGGAAUGUUUCUAAAAGGGGUUUUUAUCCUAGAGAGUUUGUUUUUGGCUUUACUGGAACGGAAGAAGCAGAUGAGUUUAAAGAAAAAACAAUGGGAUCGCUGCGUAAUCUAGUUGAAAAGAAGAACGAACGAAAGAAACCUAUUGAUGCGUUUAAUAAUGUGUCCAUUGCUCAAUUAAGGAGUAUAUACAAUGUGAGAUUUUACCUGAAAAACUUGAAGCUGCUGGGACCUGAAGUAAAACACAAGAAUGAAAUUUCGUAUGUUGUGGUAUUGUGUCUGGAUCCCCCGUUAUACACUAAUGAUGGCUCUGAUGAGCAUCCAUACCUGACACUCGAGGGUGAUGCUGUUGGGGAGAAUCUAGUUAGCCGCUUGGAAGACUGUAUUCAUGAGGAAGCAAUCAGACACUCAAACUACAGAAGUCGGGAUGGAUCUUAUGCAGUAGAUUGCUCAUUCCUUAACGAAGAGGGACACCUGUACCCGUUAGAUAAGGGGUUUUUGUGUUUGACAACAAAUCCAAUUCACAUCAAGGAAGUGGCCUUUGUGAAGGGACGAGUGGGGCAUAUCAAAGUUCAUGUUUCCCUGAAAACAAGACAGUCCCUCUUUUUCUGUGAUAUUAAGACAGAUGAACGUCAUAGGCUUCUUGAUAGAAUGAAGCAAUCAGGUUUACACAUCAGGGAACCACAACAUGAGACGAAAAUCAGCAAAGGGAAAGAUGUGGCUGAAAGUUCACAGUCAGAAAGACCUUCAAUGGUCUUCUGUGAGGAAGCACAAAAGCGUCUUGAAGAAGAGGGACUUCCAAUUGAAUUUGAUAAACUUCAGAAACGUAUUGCGCGGCAGUGGGAUGCUUUACCAGAACAUGUGAAGUCAUAUUACAGAGGUAAGGAUGCGAAAAGGAGACGGAACAGAACAGUUUAUGACAAAAAGUUAAGGAAGAAGAAGGGUUUAACAAUGGUAUAUGAAUCUGGUUGUGCAAGUACAUCUUCUGCUCUUCUGUUUCUUAGGGCAUGUUUGUUUGUUUGUUUUUUCGUGUGGAUUAAGUGUCUGUCUGAAUUUAGUGUGUCUUAG